AUGCACACUGUAUACACUACUUUUAUACUUGUGACCAAAGGCUUGCUUAGCACUACCGUCGUGUUUACCAUUUUCCUCAUUUCCGAGGUUAACUACCAGCAGUUUACCAUUGCCUCCUCGAAAAUAGAGAGCGUAACUGUUAACACGUACAAGCCCAGUAGGAUUCAGGUGCCUUCAGGGAGGAUGAUUACUUCGCCGCCUGGCGAAGUUAAUCGUCCGUUAUUAAUAUCAACCUUGGUUGGUCUUCCACCCAUCACCACCACCACCAGCAGCGACCCAUGGGGUUGUCUAUUCUUUACCACCUGGUUGUCCACUGUAGGCUACAGCCCGCCGUUAUUUAUCACACCCAUAAUCCCGGCACCCACCAAAAUCCCUGGCAACGACAACUCUCUCACCCCCACGCCGGAUCUGGGGGUCAACGACUGCACCGGUAACGGCUGCACAAAGGGGCCAGAUUGCACCAACAACGACUGUUUACACGGUGGAGACUAUACAGGACCUAGCAGCACACGCGGCGGGGACAGUACGAGCCCAAAAUCCAUCCCCCGGGGGGAGGUGGGUUCUGGUGAGAAUUGCAUGGAAGGGGGACACUGCUCGGGCGAUUACUGUGUCUCUGGCGGCGGCUGCUCGGGAGCCAAAUGUAACCGGGGCGGGGGAUGUUCGGGCUCCAACUGCAACAAGGGUGGUGGGUGUAUUAGGACCCUCCUGGAGAGCUGCAGUUCUGGACCCUGCAUCGGGCCGUCGUGCGUCGACAAUACUGAUUGCGCAUGGUACGAUAAUCAGGUCACUAUCACGGUGCAGCCGGGAGGUAGUCCUGUCCUGACGGGGAAGCCUACCUGCCUGACUAAAUACCCCUUACUCUCUCCCUGUGUCGGAGGUAACACGUCGUGCAAUGUGCCGUGCAAUAUUAAGAGGUGCCCCGCGAAUAGCAUGCCGAUGGCCAAGGGGUGCUCAAGGGCUGAGCAAACGACGGGGCCAAGGCUCUCGACCGCGAAGGGAGCGGCUGCAGAGCAUUGUGUGGAAAUGGACGCAUUCCGAGGACGGUGA